AUUAUUCCUAAGCAUACAUUAUGGUUGUGAUCGUUCAAGAUAUGCCCUCGGGAGGGCUUCUGUUCCGUGGUGAACUCACUCAACGCAAAAUGACUGUCAAAUCUCAUCGCCAGGUUAUGCUUUGUCUUCCAACAACUACCGAUGACGUUAGUCUUAUUCAUGCGGAGCUUGCGCUUCAAACUGCAGCAUCCGCUGCUCAGCGAAACGACAAUCUUACUGUAGAGGAAGCUACUGAACUAGUUACAAAAAAUAAUAUGGAGGUUUACGGACACAUUUCGCUCUCGGCAGUAUCGGGAUAUCCGUUGCUUAUCGUUGGUACAAAUGUUAGAACCUACAUUCACUUUUCACAGAUUGAAGCACUGCUGAACGAAGUCGAGCUGCAAUCUCCGUGUACCUUUUCAAUUGUUACCGCUUACAAAGAGUUUAAAUUCUACACCAGCACUUCUGCGGAUUAUCAAAGAUGGAUUGGUGCUCUUACAGAAGCAUUUACCAACCUUAAUUUCAAUCUUAAACACGAAUCUUAUCGACCAGUUAGUCCAGAGUCUUUUAAUGAAGCGUUGCAUCACCAUGGUACUGCAGUUUCUCCAGUGUUCCAAACUGGCCAAUUUGAAUCUGAAAGGCGUCAAAGUGUGACGUCUCCGUCUCAUCUGGACAUGCCUGCACGCUCAAUAGUAGAUGCUGAUCCUAUUGCUUGGGAUUCCAGACUUUCACGCAACGCCGAAAUCAUUAUUGGUGCUGAUACUACUGAUGACAAUGUACUUUCUACAAAAUCCAGUCGCCUUUUUUCCAAAAUCAAAUCAUUUUUCAAACACGAUCAAGCACUUCAUAAUAACCAGGAUCAUGGCCAAGAUAUUCGUGCAACACCACGAAAUCGAUCACAGUCUCGUUCCCGGACUGUGUUGGGCCAUCGCCGAAGAUUCAGCUUUGUAACAGAAGACAAUCUUUCUGAAGAUACUCGUAUUGGUCGUAAAUCAAAUGUAUCCAGCUAUUCUCGAUCAGAUGCUCGCUCUCGGUCAAAUUCAAGAUCCCGUAGCAUAACUCAGUUUUUUACUGGCCUUGUACCAUCGCUAAGACUUGGUGACUCUGGCCAAUCAUUCUCAAAAAUGGUAUCUGAGGGUGUAUCACACCAGCCAGAGAAUCAGUAUUAUGGAAGUUCACAGCCUAAUCCCAGCUACCGCUAAACUCUAUCACUACUAAAACUGUCGUGUCCCGUGAUAUUUCAGUGCAAUGCUGAUUUAUCAUUUUACUUGUAUAUUGUUCUUUGUAGUCAUGUUGAUUGUGCCCGAUAGCAAUGCAGCUGUUGAAACGAUCCACGAUUAGUAUAGAGGGACUAUCGUGAUUUGUAGUGUCCAGUUGACAAUAGAUUCAAAAAUUGACAAACUAAAAUUCAUCUUUAUCAAUCUAUAAAUUGUAGCAUGGUUUAUACUUCAUUUUUUGAACUAAGCAUUUUCAACAAGUUAUAUUUUACCAAUAAAACACUUGGUGCGCUU